GAAGACAACCAGCCGCCGAAGUGUUAUUGAGAAAAGCCGGUAACGCGACGAGACUUCUCGUGUCUUUUUAUUUGCCGGCUUCAUCGCAUAUUUCUCGGUCGGCUCUUGGCGCGUUUCUAAAUUUCCGUAUUUUAACUAAUUAACCGAACAGUUUACCCUCGUGGAUUCGCGAUUUGAUUUUAUUUACUCGUGUAAACUCGUUAAUAAUUAUUUUAAUGAAAUUCAUAACGAGAUUUUCGACGCGGGUUUAUCGUCGUGUUAUUUUUUUAACGUGUUUUUUCCUAUCUCUGCGGCGUUAACCAUGUGACUGUGUUGCGAAGUUUUUUUUUCACCGGAGAUGAAGUAGUGCUAAGAGUGGUUCGAGAAAGUUUCGUAGUGGUGAUUUUUUUUAAACCCCUUAAAUGUGGAUGUGAAUGUGUUGGUGAAAGUGUUGCUCGAAUUUUAAUAGGAUGGCUCGUUUGCGUGGAUUUGUCAGCAUAUCGUUGAUCCUAUACUUGAACUUGGUCAACUACACUAAGACUGAAAUUGCAAUAGCUGAUUCAGCGGUACCAAAAGUAAAAGAACACAAUUUGCUGGGUACGAUUAAAAUACCAUUCGAGGAUCCGAGAACUACAUUUUUCGAUUCAGGCGUCGAUGGAUUUCCAGCCUACGGAAUCAUACCCGGUUCUGAUAUCAAAGUACCAUAUCGUUCGUUCCUUCCACCGAAAUUAUAUCCAGAAUUUUCGAUCGUUUGUACGAUAGCUGUGAAAUCAUACAAUGGAGGAUUUAUUUUCGCUGUCGUAAAUCCUUUGGAAACGGUGGUCGAAUUCGGAGUCCAAGUCCAUCCUGUGGUGGGACUUAAUCGCAUGAAUAUCAGUUUAUUGUACACAGAUAUUGGGAAAUUCUCGUCUUCUCAAAUCAUCGGUAGUUUCUUGAUACCUUAUCAAGUUGGAAAAUUCAUCAGAUUCGCUCUUCAAGUGACAGGAGAUAGUAUCGGUCUGUAUCACAAUUGUAAUAAAUUCGAAACAUUGUACAUGAAGAGGGAUACCAGUGAGUUACUCUUCGACACCGCAUCCACCCUGUAUAUCGGACAAGCAGGACCAAUCAUCAACGGAAAUUUGAACGGUUCGUUGCAAGAAGUUAAACUCUUCGAUGCGGCUUCGUACGCCGAAUACCAAUGUGAUAAUUUUCAGGACUUUGAUGCGGGUUCUGGCGACGAAACCACAGAGUUAAACAAUGUUGACUCGCAAAACGUUGAAAUAUUACAUGAAGAAGAUGGAUCCGGUACAUCGGUGGAAUUUCCUGGUAAUACGUUUGAUACUGUUUCCAAGACCGAUUCAGAUUUAUCACCUCCUCCGUUCCCGCCACCUCCGCCUAAGCCGAACGGAAACGAUGUUCCUCUUCUUCCGCCUGCGUUGAAAGGAGAAAAAGGAGAUAGGGGACCUCCUGGUGAAUCUAUUCGAGGUCCUCCUGGACUUCCGGGUGAAAUAGGACCUCCUGGACUGCCUGGUACGACUGAAGGGGGAGCGACAUGCUUGUGUAAUGUAACUGGACCUCCUGGACCCCCAGGAAUUGAAGGAAAACAAGGAUUAACAGGAUAUCCGGGUGUACCAGGCGAAAGAGGAGAAAUCGGUCCUGCCGGAGAGAAAGGAGACAGAGGAGAUGUCGGUGCUCAGGGGCAAGAAGGAAUACAAGGACAAAAAGGUGAACCAGGUAUGGAUGGAGUGGCAGGUAUUCAAGGACCUCUCGGACCUCCAGGACCACCUGGACCACCAGGACCCGCCGGACCUCCAGGAAUUACGCAAGUCAGGGGUGAUGAACCUAUAAUUCGACCAGGACCUCCUGGAGAAAAAGGAGAUAGAGGAAUGGAUGGCAAUCCUGGUCUAAAAGGAAAGCCUGGCAGUAUUGGAAUACCAGGAGUCAAAGGCGAUAAAGGUGUGAACGGUCCUAAAGGGGAUAGGGGUAUUCAAGGACUCACUGGAAAACAAGGUAUCAAAGGUGAUGCAGGCUCCAGAGGAAGAGAUGGCAUCCCAGGUUCACCAGGAGCCAACGGAAGACCUGGUCAGAAAGGGGAAAAGGGUGAUACUGGAAUGACUGGGCCUCCUGGUCCUCCGGGCAAUAUGGGCGACGGAAAAAUGCUGAGUACAAUAGGAGAAAAAGGUCAACCUGGUGACAAAGGUGAGAAAGGAGAAAGGGGUGAAAUCGGUUUACCAGGAAUACCUGGAGAUAAAGGAGACAUGGGUAGCAUAGGUAUGACUGGAGUCAGAGGCGAAAAAGGAGACCGAGGAGAACCCGGUCCACCAGGUCCAGCAACUGUCACCGCCAACGGCAAAGACACCUUGAUAGUAAAAGGUGAAAAAGGAGAGACCGGAAAACGAGGCCGAUCUGGCAAACAAGGCCCUCCAGGACCAGUCGGACCACCUGGUCCACCAGCACUUCUCGCAGACGGAACAACGAGCAAAGGAGAAAAAGGUGAAAAAGGAGAACCAGGAAAAGAUGGCAGGCCAGCGGAAAUUGAUAAAACGCUUUACACGCCCGUCCCAGGUCCACCGGGACCGCCCGGACCGCCUGGACCUCCUGGACCCCCCGGAUAUUCAAUCGAGGGACAGAAAGGUGAACCCGGCGAGCCAGGCAUAUCAGGAGAAGAACCACCGUUCGGUUACAUAUCUUCUGGUAGACCAGAUACGGGAGGAAUGGAUAGCUUAAAAGCGUUAAAAAAUUUAAAUAAAUCGUUCAGAAAUGAUUUCGACGAUAUCGAUGCAUCUCAUCAACCUCAUUUUCAUAGACAAGCUACCAACGCAGAUGCUGUUAAAGUUGUACCAGGAGCUAUCGUAUUUAGUACGAAAGACGCUAUGCUUAAAGUAUCCGCGACCAGUCCUGUAGGUACCAUUUCAUAUAUCAUUGAUGAACAAGCUGUACUUGUGAGAGUUAAUAAUGGAUGGCAAUACCUUCAGUUGGGUUCGGUUGUCACGUUGCCAGCUUCUACUACACCGUUACCUUAUUCGACUAGCGAAGGUGCCCCACAUUUUGAAGCAUCCAAUUUGAUCAAUAACUUUGCUCUUAAAGAUAGUCCUAAUUGGCAUCAUCCUAAAAUGCUUCGAUUGGCCUCACUGAACGAGCCGUAUUCCGGAGACAUGCACGGAGUUCAAACUGCCGAUUACUCGUGCUACAGGCAAUCUCGAAAGGCCGGCUUAAAAGGCACAUUUAGAGCGUUUUUAGCAUCGAGGAUACAAAAUAUUGAUUCAAUAGUUCGAUAUCAAGAUAGGGAUUUACCUGUUGUGAAUUUAAAGGGAGAAGUGCUGUUUAAUUCGUGGAAAUCUCUUUUCAACGGAGACGGCGGCGUUUUCUCGCAACCACCUCGUAUUUAUAGUUUCAACGGUAAAAAUAUUUUCGCAGAUUUAAGCUGGCCGCAGAAAAUAAUCUGGCAUGGAGCGUAUACGAAUGGUAAACGUGCGAUGGAUUCGUAUUGCGAUGCUUGGAAUACCGGCAGUACCGAUAAAGUUGCAUUGGCGUCGACCUUAUUUAAAAAUAAGUUAUUAUCGCAAGAGGAAUUCUCGUGCAAUAAUCGAUUCGCUGUUUUAUGCAUCGAAGUAACAACUCAGCAAUCGAGAAGAAGAAGGAGAAGAAAUUCGCACGGAUAUUUUAGCCACGAAAUCGACGACGAGAUGACAGAGUUGACUUUUGACGAGUACCAACACUUGAUAGAUAAUUUGAACGAGCUGGAAUGAAGUUGAAAGAGGAUUCAUUCGAAUGGAAGUAAUUUUUUUCCCAGGUUGUGAUAUCAACUUAUAUAAUUCAUUCAACUUGUACUGAAAUUCCUGUGACAUACCAUUUUCAUCACGACUUAUUUAUUUACUUUUUCUCAAAAUUAUACCUUUCGAUGUUUUGUUGCCAUUUUUUAUUUUUAUUUUUUAAUGUUUACUCUUCAAUCAUAUCCAAUUAUAUCUUCCUUUAAUUUUUAAAAUAUCUGUGCUCAGCAAAAACGAACUAGUCAACUGCAUAUCGAUUUAUACAAUUUGGAAAGUUUUUAAAAUGUACAGUCAUUUUUUAUUUGUUUAAGAAUUAGUUUGUUGCUUUCGAGUAUAUAUUCAAACGUGUAAUUGAGUCAAUUCUUUCGAGUUGUUGUUUUUUUUUUUCUUAAACGCUUCUAAAAAGUAAAAACUUGACUCGAAGUUGUCUAAAAUAUAUUCAUUUUUGGCCUUUAUUUACUUUUAGACGUGGUGAGCAGUGUUAUUAACAAAAUUGCGUGAUAACUACGUAUUUAGUUAUAUUUUUCCUAUUCUCGUCCAAGUGUUUGAAAUUUUUCACAACAGUUGAUCUGAAAUUAAAUACAUAAUCAAAAGAGUUUAACGAUUACUGUAUUUUGCCAAUGUUAAAGUUGUUUUCAAAAUAUUAGUUUAUUCCUAUUUCAGAAAAUAUUUUUUCUAAUCCAUCAUUAAGUUAUAAAUUUGUUGGAGAUGUUGAUUUUUAAUAAGAUAUGCAUUUUGUUGUAAAAAUAAACUAAUUAAGAAACGUAUUGCAUUUAAGAUUUCGUUUCUGUUAUUUUAAAAAUGUGAUUUUUGUUGUAAAUUAUUUUGCAUUUGCAGUAAAAUAAGUAUAGAUCUAUUAUUAAUUAUGGUUUCCUGUUAUACUGUUGUUUAUAUUAUAAAAUUAAUUCCAAAUAUUUUGUAAAUAAAUUUAUCAUUUUUGUACUUGUAAUAAAUUAAGAUGGAUUUAUCCAUAAUUGACAUAUUCAAUUUGGCUAGUCAUUUUAUUUAUUUUCGAGUAGAGUUACGUAGUGAUUGGAAUCAUUUUAUGAUUGCGUGUAUUUUGUUUAUUUUCAUUUUUCAUCAGUGUUAUUUUAGUUUAUGAACUAAUUUCUAUAUUUUUUAGCUUAUUAUUGAUAUGAUAUCAUUGUUUCGCCAUUGCAUGGAAAUAAAUAUGUUUUUUUAUACGAA